AUGAUAAAGAAGAUACUUUUAUUUAUAGUGUUGACAGGAAUUUUUAAAAUUGCAAAUGGAAAAUUAUGUUCUACUAUAAAUUGUGGAGAAAAUUCAAAAUGUCAAGUUGAUAAUGGUCAUCCAUCAUGUGUACCGAUUGAACCUCAAGAUCCAAUAGAUGACUGUAAAGUAAAAGGCUGUCCAAAGAAUAUGAUUUGCUCAAUGAAAGGUUCUAAUUCUCCAAGAUGUGUAUAUAUUAAAAGUGAAACUGAUGAAUCUAGUGAGGAUAGCAAUGGAAAUGUACUUGAAAAUCACAUGUGCAAAAAACACAAUUGCCUCAACAAUGAACAUUGUGUUAUCGAUAAAGGAGAAGCAAAAUGUAUUUCCAAUGACGACAAAAAAUAUAAUUGUAAAUCAUUCUUCUGUCCGAAUCAUAUGGAGUAUAUUGUAAGUGGAACAUACAUCAAAAGUCAACCAGCAACAUGUAAUAAUUACUACUGUUUACCUGGAUUGGUAUGUGUGGAAAUCUUGGGACAACCAUUAUGUAUUCAAAAAAAUGCGACAGAAAUAAUUCGGCAAACCACCAGAGAGUGGAAUAAAAAUAAUAAUUAUGGGGAGAUGUGUGGUGAUGUAGCGUGCCCACCAAAUUUAGUAUGUGCAAUCGUAAGAGGUGAAACCCGGUGUCUUGCAACCAAUUGUGAUAAUUGUCUUGGUUGUAAGAAGCCAUCUACUUCCGUUGGUAGUGGCGCCAGUACUGUUGCAUCUACUACUGCCACCACCACUGCAUCCACUGCCUCCACAGUUGCCUCCACCAUUGCAUCCACUACCUACUCCUCCUAUGCUCAAACGACCACUGCUAGCACUGUUGCAAGUACAACCGCAACAACUGCAUCUACUGUUGCCAGUACAACUGCAUCCACUACCUAUUCCACCGGUGUCUAUACAACUACUGCUUCUACUGUUGCCAGUACUGUAGCUACAACAACUUCACAGCCAACUGCUACUCCUACAACUACCACUGCUAGCACAACUGCAAGUACAAUCGCGACAACUGCAUCUACAGUUGCCUCUACUAUUGCAUCAACAGUUGCAUCAACAACUUCAAGACCAACAACAACAGCAACAACCAUAGCAAGUACCAUUGCAACCACAGCAUCUACUGUUGCAUCUACCAUUGCAAGUACAACAGCCAGCGGUGUGUCUACAACUGCAUCAACCACUGCAAGUACAACAGCAACAACAUUAGCAAGUACUGGUUCAACUGUAGCUUCUACCACUGCAACUACAACAGCUUCUACUGUUGCAACAUCAACAACAAGACCAACAACAAUAGCAACAACUAUAGCAAGUACAACUGCAACAACAGCAUCUACUGUUGCAUCUACCAUUGCUAGUACCACACAAACCUCAGCUGGUAUUACCGCAACAACAACCGCUACACCAACUACUACAGCCACAACAAUUGCCUCUACAACAGCAUCAACAAUUGCAACCUCAGGAUUGAUGACCGCAACUACAACAGCAACAACAAUUGCAAGUACAACUGCAACAACCUCAGGUGUCUCUACAACAGCAUCGACAACAGCAUCUACUAUUGCAAGUACAACAGCAACAACAUUAGCAAGCACUGGUUCAACUGUGGCUUCUACCACGGCAACUACAACAGCUUCUACUGUUGCAACAUCAACAACAAGACCAACAACAACAGCAACAACCAUAGCAAGUACCAUUGCAACCACAGCAUCUACUGUUGCAUCUACCAUUGCCAGUACCACACAAACAUCGGCUGGUAUUCCCACAACAACCGCAGCACCAACAACAACAGCCACAACAAUUGCUUCCACAACAGCAUCAACCAUUGCAACCUCAGGAUUGAUGACCGCAACUACUACUGCAUCUACUAUUGCAAGCACAACAGCAACAACCAGCGGGGUGUCUACAACUGCAUCAACCACUGCAAGUACAACAGCAACAACAUUAGCAAGUACUGGUUCAACUGUGGCCUCUACAACAGCAACUACAACAGCUUCUACUGUUGCAACAUCAACAGCAAGACCAACAACUACAGCAACAACCAUAGCAAGCACCACUGCAACUAUAGCAUCUACUGUCGCGUCUACCAUUGCCAGUACCACACAAACAUCGGCUGGUAUUACCGCAACAACCACAACACCAACAACUACAGCUUCAACAACCGCAAGUACAAUAGCAACAACAUUAGCAAGCACUGGUUCAACUGUGGCCUCUACCACUGCCACUACAACAGCUUCUACUGUUGCUACAUCAACAACUUCAAGACCAACAACAACAGCAACAACUAUAGCAAGCACCAUUGCAACAACAGCAUCUACUGUUGCAUCUACCAUUGCAAGUACCACACAAACCUCAGCUGCUAUUACUACAACGGCCACUACUACUGCAACUACAGUAGCUUCUACCUAUGGACACUCAACAACAGCAUCUACUAUUGCAAGUACAACAGCAACAACAUUAGCAAGCACUGCUGCUUCUACUGUUGCUUCUACCAUUGCAACUACGACAGCUUCUACAGUUGCCACAACAACGGCACCUACAACAACAGCAUCUACUAUUGCAAGUACAACUGCAACAACAUUGGCAAGCACUGCUGCCUCUACUAUUGCCUCCACUACAGCAAGUACAACAGCCUCUACCAUUGCAACUACUACAGGCAGGCCAACGUCUACUACUGCCACUACCAUUGCCUCCACUACAGCAUCAACUACUGCUACUACAGCUUCAAUGACUGCAACAACAACAGCUACAACACUUGCAAGUACUACGGCAUCAACUUAUGGUCAAACAACAACAGCAUCAACCACUGCAAGUACAAUUGUCACCACUCUUGCAAGUACAGCAAACACCAUUGCUUCUACUACGGCAUCGACAACAGCGUCGACAAUAGUAACAACCUCACCAGCUACAACAACAGCAACUACAAUUGCAUCAACCAUAGAAACCACAGCAUCAACUACCUAUUCAACACUCUUCUCAACAACAGCUACCUCCACAGCAUCAACUACAACAGGUUACCCCAUCACAACGACAGCUUCUACAACUGCCACCACAGCUUCCACAUUGGCAACAACAACAGCUACAACAACCAAUCAUUUCUCAACCAUUGCAAGUACAGUCGCAUCAACAACCGCAUCCACCACCGCCACCACCACAAACCAGGCAUCCACCAUUACACAAACAACUUUAGCUACAACAAUAGCUUCAACAACAUUCACUGCCAAUCCCCAGACAACUAUUGCCUCAACUACAGCUUCUACAACAGCAUCUUCUACAAACCAGGCAUCAACAGUUACUCAAACAACUACAGCUUCAACUAUAUAUUCCACUGGAACUUAUGGACCUACCUAUGAAGUUACCACACUUGCUAGUACAACAGCUAGCACCACAGCUAGCACAACAGCUAGCACCACAGCUAGUACCACACAGACAAUGUCUACAAGUGCAUCAACUACUGCCACUACAACCGCUAGUACAAUUGCAUCAACUACUGCCUCUACCACUCAGACAUUGACCACGACCGCCAGUACUACCGCUACAACCGUUGCUUCAACAAUGGGACCCACCUCAACAACAGCUUCUUCCCAGCAAACAGCACAUGCCACAACUACUACUCAAUCAACAACGCUUGCUACUACGACUGGAUCACCAACUACAGGAGUAUCUACUACGGGAGUAUCUACCAGAGCACCCGCCACGGGAGUAUCUACUACUGGAGUAUCUACUACUGGAGUAUCUACUACUGGAGUAGCUACUGACAUUGCACUUACCACCAGUAUCUCUACGAUAACUGCAUCAACCAUUGUCUCGACGAUAGCGUCGACUAUAGGUACUGCUUCUACCACUGCUUCUACCACUGCAUCCACAACAGCUUCCACAACUGCCACAACUCUUUCACAAGUUUCAACUACUGCAUCAACUACUGCAUCAACUACAUACACUACAACUGCAUCAACAACAAAUACACUCUCUGCUACAGCAUCCACUGUCCCUACCAUUGGAACAACUAUAUCCACAUCGGCCACACCCACAACAGCAGUUUCAUCUACCAUUAGUAAGACAAACUCUCAAACUACCAUUGCCACUACCUCACCGGUAACCACAUCAACUGUCAUACCAACCACCUCUGCAUCUACUUUAGCAUCGAUAACAAACCAACAAACAACAACAACCACUACAGCUUCAACUGAGUUAGGAACAACAGGAAGAACAACAACCACUACCGCUUCAACUGAGUCGGGAACAACAGGAAGAACAACAACAAAUAAUCCGACAACCACAACCACUGCAACAACUAUAGCCACUACAACAAAUUUACAGUCUACAAUGAGUGAGACAACUACUGUAACAGCAGUACCAACUACAACAACUGCAUUGACUUCAACACUUGGUACAACAACACCAGACACAACAACAACUACAACAGGAAUUACCACAUCAUUAACAACAAUUGCCUCAACAAUUGCCUCAACAAUUGCCUCGACAAUUGCCUCGACUACAAACGAAGCUUCUACAAUAACAGACACAACUAUAGCCACAACUCUUGACACAACCAACCCUUCCACCACAUUACCAUCCACCACAACUAGUGUAGCAACCACAGGUUUCACAACUACUCAGUCGACUACGGCAACAACAAUUGGAUCAUUCUCAACUAUAACUCAAACUACUCUGGCCACCACAAUAUCAUCACCAAUAACUCAGUCGAUUGGUACCACUACAUACUCGACUACCGCUUCUACAACUGAUGAAUCUUCAACAGGUGUUCAAACAACUAUUGCUUCAACAUUUGCAUCAACUACAUCACCUCAUAUCUCUACCACUGCAACAACUACACGAACCCUUACCACAGAGAUGUCCACACUCACAAGAACCACUCUUGCUUCUACUUUUACAGGUAACCCAACUCGUACCAGUUCGACAAUUGCAUCAACAACAGCAACCACAACUGGACCAAUGUCAACCAUUACCCAAUCUACCUUUGCAUCAACACUUAUGGAUCUCUCAUCCAAAUCAACCAGUCCUUCGACCACAUACACAACAACUGCUUCAACAAUGGGAGAAGGCUCUACUAUCACUCAAACUACAACAGCCAGCACUAGUCCAGCUAUUGUUGGUACUACUACACAAUCAACUACAGCGUCCACAUCUAGCCACGCAACAAUGACAAGAACUACCACUGCCUCAACAAUAGCAACUCUUGGAGCUACCACCCGUUUGGCAACUACUGGUCCUUUAACAACUACUGCAUCAACAACAGCAACAACAACUAAUGAAGCCUCUACUAUCACACAAACUACAACUGCCUCAACAAUCACCACACCAGUAACAGCUUCAACUACACAAACAACAACAGCCUCUACCACAGCAUCAACAACCGAUGAGGCAUCUACUAUCACACAAACAACAAUUGCGUCAACGUUAUUUACAACAACUUCCCCAACAACAGGACUAUCAACCACCGGUCCAAUCACAACAACCGCAUCCACAACAGCAACAACAAUGGGUGAAGGUUCAACCAUUACUCAGACAACUACUGCAUCAACAAUCACAACACCAGUAACUGCAUCAACAACACAAACAACUACUGCUUCAACUACUGCAUCAACAACCAAUGCUGACUCUACAAUCACACAAACAACUACUGCUUCAACAACAUAUACAACAACAACUCCUCAAACACUAACGCUAGGAUUAUCAACGAUAGGUCCAAUAACAACAAUUGCAUCUACAACAGCAACAACAAUGGGUGAAGGUUCAACCAUUACUCAGACAACUACUGCUUCAACGAUCACCACACCAGUAACAGCCUCAACAACACAAACAACUACUGCUUCAACCACAGCAUCAACAACCAAUGCUGAUUCUACUAUCACACAAACAACGUUGGCUUCAACAACAUAUACAACAACAUCCCCUACAAUAGGACUAUCAACCACCGGUCCAAUCACAACAACCGCAUCUACAAUAGCUACAACAAUGGGUGAAGGUUCAACCAUUACUCAGACAACUACUGCAUCAACAAUCACAACACCAGUAACUGCAUCAACAACACAAACAACAACAGCCUCUACCACAGCAUCAACAACCAAUGCUGAUUCUACAAUCACACAAACAACUACUGCUUCAACAACAUAUACAACAACUCCUCAAACACUAACGCUAGGAUUAUCAACGAUAGGUCCAAUAACAACAACUGCAUCAACAACAGCAACAACAAUGGGUGCAGGUUCAACUAUCACACAAACGACAACUGCAUCAACCAUUACAACACCUGUGACUGCCUCUACAACUGCAUCUACAACUGCUUCCACCACUGCAACAACAACUGGCCCUGCUUCAACUAUUACUCAAACAACAACUGCCUCAACAAUUGCAUCAACAACAAGACCAGUUACAACUACAACUGGUCCUAUCACUACAACUGCUUCCACCACUGCAACAACAACCAAUGAAGCAUCUACUUUGACCCAAACAACAAUGGCAUCAACCAUAACAACACCUGUGACUGCUUCUACAACUGCAUCCACUACACAAUCUACCACUGCAACAACCAUGGGCGAAGGUUCAACUCUAACUCAAACAACUAUUGCCUCAACCAUAGCUUCGACACUUACCACAGCAGCGACAACGGCUCCAAUCACCACAACUGCAUCAACAACAGCAACAACAAUGGGUGCAGGUUCAACCAUCACACAAACAACCACUGCAUCAACCAUAACGACACCUGUGACUGCCUCUACAACUGCAUCCACUACACAAUCUACCACUGCAACAACCAUGGGCCCUAUGUCUACAAUCACACAAACUACAACUGCCUCAACAAUUGCAUCAACAACGCUACCAUCUACCACUGCCCCCAUCACCACAACAGCAUCUACAACAGCAACAACAACCGAUUCUGCAUCAACUAUCACACAAACAACAAUGGCAUCAACCAUAACAACACCUGUAACUGCCUCUACAACUGCAUCCACUACACAAUCUACCACUGCAACAACUAUGGGUGAAGGCUCAACUAUAACUCAAACAACUAUUGCUUCAACAAUUGCUUCCACACUUACCACAGCCGCAACAACAGCUCCUAUCACUACAACUGCAUCAACAACAGCAACAACAAUGGGUGCAGGUUCAACCAUCACACAAACAACCACUGCAUCAACCAUAACGACACCUGUGACUGCCUCUACAACUGCAUCCACUACACAAUCUACCACUGCAACAACCAUGGGCCCUAUGUCUACAAUCACACAAACUACAACUGCCUCAACAAUUGCUUCGACAACAAGACCAGUGACUACAGCUUCAACAAUAGCACUUGUCACAUUAUCAGCUUCUUUAACAAUUGCUACAACAACAGCCUCUACAACAGAUACAACAACAGCUACAACUCUGGGUGCAGGUUCAACUAUUACGCAAACCACCACAGCUACUACCACAGCCACAACAACUACACCAGUAACAACUACACCCGUAACAACUACACCAGCAACAACUACACCAGUAACAACCACAUCAGUAACAACUACACCAGUAACAACUACACCAGUAACAGCAACUACUGCAUCUGGAGUUCCUACAACUACAUCUACAAUAUCAACUACACCUACAACUACAACAUCAACUACAACCACAACUACAACUACAGCUGUAACCACUGCAUCUGGAGUUCCUACAACAAGUGCAUCAUCAACAGCAUCAACACUAUUUACCACACAAACUACACUUGCAUCUACUACUGCUUCGACUACACAAUCUGGAGUUCCAACAACCACAGCAACAACUACUGCGAUUCCAACAUCUGGUUCUUCAAUUACUACUGAUGGUGCAUGUCAAGCAGGUGCAAUUCAAUCAAAGGAAGACACUUGGAUUAGUGGUGGUGUCUACAACACUCAAGUUACCUUUAGACUUUGUAAUACUGGUCAACUUCCUAUUACCUACUUGGAGUUCCAAGUUCCUCCAUCCCAAAAACUUGUUCAAGCACAUGAAUUUGUUCAGGUUUCGGAAGGUAAAUACACUUUACCAAACUAUUUAUACCCAAUUCAAGUUGGUCGUUGUGUUACUGCUGGAUAUAUCGUUCAAGGUCAAAAUGUGGCUGAUAUUAAUUCUAUUGUUGUAAGAUGUGCAACAAGACAGAGAUAA